GACGCGGGCACGCGCCCGGCUCGCUAAGCGCUUCGGGCGCACGCGCUGAUUGAGGCUCUCGGGUGGGGCGGGCAGAUAUCCCCCCAGAGGGGGUCGGGUUGAAUACGCUGGAGCUCCUACCCCCUCGGCCCCGGAGGUGAUUCCCUGCCCGGGCCCCCCGGGGCCUUGCCGAGGUGGGAAGUGGGGGAGGCGCGGCGGCGGCGGCGGCGGAUACGUGGAGAGCGGGGGAAGAACGCGGCGGCUGAGGAGGAGGAGGAAGAGGGGAAAAAGAAAAGGUCCCUCUUCCUCUUGACAGACCCCCGAGGCGUCCCGGACGCGGAUCCCAGAGCCCGGAGGCUGCCGAAGCGAAAGGGACCGCAGGGGAGGGGUGAGAAUCUACCUGGGGAAAAAAGACAGACCAAGGAGACAUGAACUUCUGUAGUCAAACUUCCUGACAAGAAGUUGAUGUAUAGAAGGACAGAGCUAACAGGAACCAGUGAGCAAAAUUUCUGACAAUUGGGGCCAUCUUUUCAUUCUUGAAAUUUCCAUCUACAACCACAGAUUCCUAUUGUUUACCUUCAAGUUGAAGACAAGAUCAGAUUCUACAAACCAGACCUCAUCCAAGGCAAAGGGAUAUUUUUCUACUCUCUCGUGGAAAGCAAAAAAACUACAAUGUCUAAGAAACAAAAUCAAAAGGAUCCAUCAGGAUUCAUUUUUGAUUUGCAGUCCAACACUGUGCUGGCCCAGGGAGGAACUUUUGAGAACAUGAAAGAGAAGAUCAAUGCAGUACGUGCGAUAGUGCCCAAUCGGAGUAACAAUGAAAUCAUCCUAGUCCUGCAGCAUUUUGAUAACUGCGUGGACAGAACGGUGCAAGCAUUCAUGGAAGGCAAUGCCAGUGAAGUACUAAAAGAAUGGACAAUAACAGGCAAGAAAAAGAACAAAAAGAAGAAAAGCAAACCAAAACCUGCAGCAGAAGCAAGUAACAAUCUACCAGACACAAAUAAACUGUCAUCCACUCAAGAGGAGCAAUCUGUAGCUUCUUUGGAUAAAGGUGGGAUUAAUGGUUACCAUGUCAAUGGUGCAACUAAUGAUACAGAGUCUGUGGACUCUCUCAGUGAAGGCUUGGAGAUACUUUCAAUAGAUGCCAGAGAAUUGGAAGAUUCUGAAUCUGGCCCACCAGAGAUGUCUGAUAGAACAGCAUCAGUGCUGGAGAAUGGUGUUUCUGAUUGUGAGUCCAAGUCUCUGAUCAUGAAUGCCCCUCAAACUUCUCAACAGUCUCUGAAACGUGAGUCCAGGAAUCCCACCAAAUCUCUGUCUAGACCCAUCCCAGGCACUCAGUUUUCAAGCCUGGGCCCUCUCUCCACAAUAGAAGACAUUCCACUCUCCUCUACUAAUAAAAAACUAGGUUCCAACAUUGAAAAAUCCGUGAAAGACCUACAGCGUUGUACAGUUUCUCUUGCACGGUAUCGGGUUGUGGUUAAAGAAGAAAUGGAUGCUUCCAUUAAGAAAAUGAAGCAAGCCUUUGCUGAGCUUCAGAGUUGCCUAAUGGACAGGGAAGUGGCAUUGCUAGCUGAAAUGGACAAAGUAAAAGCUGAAGCAAUGGAAAUACUGCUCAGCCGACAAAAAAAAGCUGAGAUGCUCAAGAAGAUGACUGAUGUGGCUGUUCGAAUGUCAGAGGAACAAUUGGUAGAGCUUAGAGCUGACAUCAAGCACUUUGUUAGCGAACGUAAAUAUGAUGAGGAUCUAGGACGGGUAGCCCGGUUCACAUGUGAUAUUGACACGCUGAAGAUGAGCAUUGAUUCAUUUGGACAAGUGUCCCAUCCAAAGAACAGCUACUCAACCAGGUCCCGGUGUAGCUCAGUUACAUCUGUGUCGUUGAGCAGCUCCAGUGAUGCAGCUGUUCUCUCCAGUUCCACCUGUGCCUCUGCUCCUAGCCUUACAAACGCCAACAAGAAAAACCCACCAGCAGGAGAGAUGCCUGCAACCAUAGCAAAUCCCAGCAGCCGGUCCUACCAGCCUCAUAGAGAGGUGUUGCAGGGGAAUAGGAGAGGAGGGCAAGGCUACCGUCCCCAAGGCCAGAGGUCUAAUGGCCCCACGAACCAAGUGCGACAUGACAACAUGGGCCGUUACCGAAAUGGCUCAUGGUAUCCACCUGGGUCCAGGUAUCAGAAUGCUCCACAGUCUCCAGGAAACACAAAUGAGCGAGGCCAGGCCCACUCAGCAGGGACCAAUGGAACUGGAACCAUCGUGGAACCAAGCCAGCCCAGCCCCUCAUCCAAAAAGGGGCGUUCAGGCCCAAACACCACUGAAAAUAAGGGGCUCCCUCAGCGCAAGCCCAGGGCCUGCCAGCCUGAAGCAGUGAACUCCUGAGGGGGAUCCCAUUAGGCUUCUUCCUUCAAAUUGAUAACUGGACUAUAGGAAACUUGUAGUUAGGUUUAAUAACAAAGAGAAGUUUACAUUUAUCAUUUUUGUGCCACUCUAAACAUUUUUGGUCUCUUCUUACCUCUGCUUCCCAUUCCCUCUUUACUUUUUUCAGAAGGGAAACUGUUUUCUCUCUUGUGUUAUCAAGUAAGAUGGAUCAGUCCGCUUGGUCAUUUUCAACUGGGAUCAGAGGCAGCUGUUGUUAAGUCUGCCUAAGGGAGGCAGUCCCCUUGCCCAGUACCCCAUGCCUUCUCAAUUCUCUUUAGAGGCCUGAAUCAUUGAUUCCACUUUGGGGGCUGGAUUCAUGAGGGGUCCAGUCAGACCUCACCCUAUUGUGUUUCUAGUCCAGGCAGAUGCCACAAAUGCCUCCCAGGAUUAGCUAAAGGUGGGAGAAUGCUUUAUUGGUUGGAAGAAGAAGAAUCUCAGACACAUGUAGGAUUCUGCCUCUGUUUCCAAUGUGUGCUACAGACCCAAAUUGGGUUUUCUGUCUUGCUUGGCACUAUAACCUAGCCUGCAAUCUCUUUUCCAAAAAAGUGAAAGCCUUUCUUCCUGUGAUCUUAGACUAAAAACCAGGAGGCUGAUGGGAAGUCAUACAAGUAAAGUCAAAAGAAAAAAAAAGUUGCUAUGUUUUAAUGGGGGUAGGGGGUGGUAAUCUUUGUUCUCUCCCCCCUCUCCUAAAUUUUAUGCUGAUCCUGAACUAAAUUUAUAGCAGCAUAAUUAGCAAUGCUGAUACAAGGUGUUACCCAUCAAAAAAUUACUACUGUCACUCUUUAUAGGUGUAUAAAUAAAAACAGUCGCAUAAAUGUUCCCA